UGUUGAGGUUGACAUCUGGAUGAGUCAUUUAAGUCAUUUCUCCUGCACUGAAUACAAACAAUUUUCACUUGUUUAGUUUAUUUCUAAUUAACAAAUAGUUGCACAUAAUGGAGGUUUUUAAUAAAUUUGUGUCGCAAGUGAGCAGUUCUGUGAGCAGCGCAGCAUCACAAUUGUCAGGGGUGCUGCCAGGAAAUCCAGUGACUCGCGAAUUCGAUGCAAAUGAACACAUUGCAUCUGGAGGAUCAGGAUUGCUGUGGAAAAUCUACAGAGGAACAAAGAAAUCCACCAAACAAGAAGCGUCAAUCUUUGUAUUUGAAAAACGCCAGCUGGACAAAUACAGUAAAACUGACCGUGAUAUAAUCCUGGAAGUAUUGAGGCGAGGAGUAACUCAACUAACUAAAAUUAGACAUCCACAAGUGCUUACUGUUCAACAUCCACUGGAGGAAAGCAGGGAAAGUUUAGCGUUUGCUACCGAGCCGGUAUUUGCCAGCUUGGCAAAUGUUCUUGGUGAAACAUACAACAUGCCCCAGUCUCACAAUAUGGCUGAUUACAAAUUCUAUGACAUUGAGAUUAAAUACGGCCUGUUGCAAGUGGGCGAAGGCCUCGCCUUUCUGCACAAUGACAUGAAACUUCUCCAUAAAAAUAUCUGCCCUGAAACAAUCAUUAUAAACCACCAGGGCGCGUGGAAAAUCUUCGGUUUUGAUUUUUGCGUGCAUAACACAAGUGCGGCGAAUGCUCCGCCACAUUAUCCAUUAGAUGAGUUCGUACCAUCGUUGCCAAAUGUUGCACAGCCGACUUUAGAUUAUCUAGCGCCGGAAUGUAUCGUGAGUCAGACUCAAUCAGCGGCGAGCGACUUGUUUUCGUUGGGAAUGGUUGCUUUUGCACUUUAUUCACCUAGUCAUGUGAGUGUUAUGCCUGUAAGGGAUAUACAACAGUUUCGAGGAAGAGUUGGCCAGCUUAAAAAUUUACCGGCAUCGAAAUUGUCACCUGUGCCGGAAGCUCUCAAAGAAUAUGUUAAGUUAAUGUUGCAUGUUACUCCAGAGUUGAGGCCGGAUGCACAUCAAUUUAUUAAGAUUCCAUACUUUGAAGAUGUUGGUGUAAAAACUCUCAACUACUUGGAUUCGCUCUUGCAAUGGGAUAAUUUACAAAAAUCACAGUUUUACAAAGGACUCCCUGAAUCUUUAGCCAAACUACCCCAAAGAGUGCGUCUUCAACGAGUAUUUCCUUGUUUGGUACGUGACUUGACUCAACCUGCGAUGGUACCCUUCGUGCUACCGAACAUUCUUGACAUUGCACAACACUGCAGUCAAAAAGAAUUCGUCAAGUAUAUUCUACCGUUUUUAAAACCCGUGAUGAAACUAACAGAUCCCGUGCAAAUUCUGUUAAUUUUCUUGCAACGAAUGGAGUUGAUGUUGAAGCUGACACCGGCUGAAGAUGUACAACAGCAUGUUUUACCAAUGUUGUACCGUGGUUUGGAUGCAGACACACCUCAGAUUCAUGAACUGUGUUUGUCGAUUCUACCUACAUUUGCCGGUCUUAUAGAUCAUGCCAAUGUUAAGAAUCAUUUGUUGCCACGUAUCAAAAAGUUAUGUCUUUCUACGGCAAAUCUCUCCGUACGUGUAAAUUGUUUAUUAUGCAUUGGCCGUCUGCUGGAACACCUUGACAAGUGGCUGGUACUGGAUGAGGUGUUGCCGUUUUUAACACAGAUACCAUCGAGAGAGCCGGCUGUUUUGAUGGGCAUCUUAGGUAUUUAUAAACUUGCGUUAAAUCAUAAAAAGCUGGGUAUUAGUAAGGAAGUAAUGGCGACGCGUGUUCUACCAUUUUUGAUGCCUUUAUGCAUAGAAAAUGGAUUGAAUUUAUCACAGUUUAAUGCUUUGGUGGCAUUGGUGAAGCAAAUGUUUAGUUUAGUUGAGACUGAACAUCGUACGAAAUUAGAACAGUUAAAUUCCGUCCAGCAAGAGCGAAAACUUGAGGCUACCAUGCCCGAGGUGGCAUCACCUACGAGUACCAAUGGCGUGCAACUUCAUUCCGCAUUUAAUGGUCUUGGUUUAGAUAACUUUAUGUCAUCUUCAACUACCUCACCUUCUUUAUCACUUCAAGACAAACAAAAAUUGUCGCAGCAACAGGAAACGAUGAAAGUGUUGCAGAAUCAGUCACCGUUGGAUCCAGCGCCAGUAUCGAAUGUUUCCAGAGUUGUGCAACCUAAAGAUUUAACUCAAGAAUUGCCCAAGAAUAUCAUUCCACAGAUUUCAAGCCCGCCACAGUCAAAAACGCCAUUGAAUUCAAUGAAUUCGCUAAAUUCGUUAAGUUCUCUCAGUAUGAUUGGUAAUGAUUUAAUAUCAAAGCCUGCAAUUCCCACAUCAAUGACAUUCCCGACAGCAAUGAACAUGCAGUCACCGCAAUCGUUAAAAAUGCAACCUGUGAUGGGCAUAAAUUCCAUGCAGAACACAAACGGAAGCAACUGGAAUAAAGCACCAGCACCCAUGUGGCAGUCUCCAGCCCAAAACAUGUCUAAUUCACAAAGUAUGCAAUGGGCAAGUCCUACUCCUAUGAAUGGACAGAGUAAAAACUGGAGUGCUCUUGAUAAUCUGUUACCAAAUUCAGUAAAUGCGCCUGCGAUGGGCGGUCGAACGCCAAUGAAUCAAAUGAUGUCCAAUCAGCCCUUGAUUCAAUCGCCUCCGAAUAACACAAAUAAAAGCAACGCGUUGAGUAAAGACGAUAUCAUGGAUCUGCUUAGUUGAAUAAUGUUCAUGUAUUAUAACUUUCGUGUUUGUAUCGCUUAAAUUUUACAUUUUGACGAAACCGGUUGAGAAAUGUUUGCAAUGUGAUGCGUCGUUGAAGUAUUGAGCAUUUGUGAUGUGAACUGAUCAGUGUUCAUUAAUUGUUGACUAUUUAUUAUGAUAAUAGGGAAGAAUUAGUUCGGUGCGGCGCGCUUGUACUGAAUAUUUUUGAAUUUAUCCAUGAAAUUAUGCUAUUAUACAACAUUGUAAUUAUGUAAUUAAAUUAUAGAGUAGCUUUUGAAGAAACUGUAACAUUCGAAAUGAAA